ACUCUACUCAUUCCCAAACGCGACGAUUUAAUUCCCAGGCAGCCGUUUCAGUCAAGUUAUCCAAAUUUUCUCAUUUAUCCGCAAGUUAUUCCCAGCUCCAGAGCGCUAGCCAAACAGAUGUGCCUACCAAGGAUAACAUGAGAGCUGACAGGUGAAGGGAACCACAGAUGCUUAAAUCUUUGUCGCCGUGCCUCUGCCGCUCGGAGGCACGACACGGAUUCCCAGCACAUUGCAGCAUGGUAGGCAGAGCACCAUCCCUCUCUCCAUCAUUCAAAAAGCCAUUCUCCUGCUCUGACAAUCUUCACACAUCCUGUAAGGCAGACUGACGCUUGUCACUCAUUUGUAAUGAGAGCGGGGAGGGACGGGCUGGUGGUGUGAAUCAGAGAGUAGAAGCAUAUGCGAGGCAAUAUAUUUGACAUGAAGAGAGAGAAGACACAAGGAGGGGGUGAGUCACUGUUUACUGUUCUAGAGGAGCUCCACGCAGCCCUCGCCCAGCUGGCCAGCUUUCCGUUUCCCUUAUGGAUCGGAACCAGCAUCCAGCAGCAAAGAGGAGAUUCAGGAACCUUCAGAGCGCAUUUGAGAGCUGCCAGGACACGGCUCUCUGAGGCGCUCUCUGGGGAAGCCUGGACACGGAUCAGACAGUCUUCAGUGGUUUGGUAAACAACCUACUCAGAUGCUGCAGAGAGCCUGUGGUUAGGAGCAGAGGAUACAGAGUACCAGGAGGGUACGCUUGCGUGCCACCUCAGAAAAUUCACGGAGGAGGUGGCUGAAGGGGAAAGGUAUGGGGCAGGCAGCCCCGGUACUGACAAGCACACAGCACUUUUUCCACCAUGCGCUUAUAAAACACAGUGCCAGAGCCACACCAGAAUUACACCUCAGCAUCACUAGCCCAGAGAUGCAUCUCCCCCAGAUAGCCAAGCUGAGCCACCAAGCAACAAGUAACUCGCUCGGACGCACAGACAGAUCCCAGGGCAGAGCCGGGAUUCCUAACUUCGCUGCUUCUGACCCCACAUGCCAGCCACCGAGUCAGACCUCUUCACCCACUGCUAACAGUGGAAGAUAACGGCAUCACUAUUCAGGGACCUGCAAUGUCGCAAAGCAGUGGGAUUCACUACACAACCUGUCCCUCCGCCCGGGAGCUCGGCGGCAGGGUAAUCGCUCUCGUUACUGCCUUUCCCCCCUCAGUUCUUGUGCUGAUGGUCACAGAGCGCUGCACCGCUUUGGGCUCGGUUUGUUCUUGGAAGGCUCUCUGCCGGAGUUUGAAGACAGCCUGAAACAAUAGCUCAGACAGAAGUGGAAACUGCCUGAUCAUCUCUACAGGGUGCUGAGCCUGAAACUUCUGGGUAACUGAAAGUGCUAGCGCUGCUCAAGUAUUUCACAGCUGGAUGUUUACAAAAAUGAUCAGAGAGCGAGCUUAUCCCACAAACCCCGACUGCCGCGGGGGCCAGCGCUCCCAGCUGUCCUUUCUUCGCUUCCCAAACAUCUCACACAGCUAGAGAUUUUCAAUACCAAGUUCUGCAGCGCAUUCCACACCAUUAAUCAUCUUCCAAUGCUGAUGGAAACAAGAGUGUAUCAAGCCGAUCUGUAUUUUUCCCUUUCAGGAGGCACACAGCGGUACCGAACUCCUUGCCGCAACAGAUUGCCGAGGCAGGCGACGGCGCAGAAAUGAGAUAAAACAUGACAAAGCACACUGUCCUUGACAGGCAAGCAAAAAAAAAAAAAAAAAAAAACGCUCAUGAAUUUCUGCCUCUGGUUCAGAAACACUUGCAAAGGAGGGUACGAGCCUGGCGCAAUCCUGCCAGGAACAUCUAACAGGGCUCAGGUACAAAGCCCUGACAUGCUCAGAGCCCGCAGAAGCGGGCAGGGUGUCCCGACGGCGAGAGUCACCGCACGCCCCGAUCUUGCGGCAAUCGCCCCGUUGCUGCCAGACGACCGUCCGGCACCUCCGCCGGGUGCGAGCAGAGUUAACUCCGGUGCCGCGCAGCCCUUCGCGCUGCCAUUGGGCAACCGCGGCGUCCAUCACCUCUAGGAAGUGACUGCACGAGGAAGGCUUCUCCGCAGGCAGCACCUCGUACACACACGGAAGGAGCAGGGGGGAAAAGCGGAGGAAUGCGCGCCCGUUUCGUCAGUGAGAAAAAUCACAAGCGCCAGGAUGGUGAAGUCGUACCAGAAGCUGACAACGGAGCCAGCAGCAUGCCAGGUGGAGGAGGAAGGGGCUGCCCCGAUGCCCGCCGGCCGUGGGAAGCUGGCCCCAUGGUGGGUGGGCAGCGGGCUGCUGGUGGCUGCCGUGCUGCUGAGCACCAUCACCGUCUGGGUGCUGCGGCAAGUAUCGGGGGGCUGGCCUGGACCUGCGCUGCCCCCCAAAUGUCUCCUGGUACCCGAAAGCCACCGCUUUGACUGCUAUCCGGAGCGGCGUGUGGUGGUGACCCAGGAGCUCUGCGAAAGCCGGGGGUGCUGCUUCAUUGAGAGCUCCCUGCCGGCGCAGGGCAAGCGGGGGGUGCCCUGGUGCUUCUACCCCCCCGAUUUCCCCAGCUACACCCUGGAGAGCCUCAACCAGACAGCGCUGGGCAUGGUGGGGCUGCUAGUGAGGAGAACGAAGGCCUAUUACCCCCGGGACAUCAUGAUGCUGAGGCUGGAUGUGGAGUUUGAGACAGACACACGGUUGCACAUCAAGAUAACAGAUGCAGCCAACCCGCGGUACGAGGUUCCUCUCGACGUUCCCCGGGCAACGAAGAGAGCAGAAAACCCCAUCUACAGCCUGGACUUCUCCUGGGACCCCUUUGGGGUGCUGCUGCGGCGCAGGGCGACAGGGACAGUGCUGCUCAACACCACCGUGGCCCCCUUGAUUUUUGCUGACCAGUUUCUCCAGAUAGCCACAUUGCUCCCGUCCAGGUUCCUCUAUGGCCUGGGGGAGCACCGUGGCACCCUACUGCACAGCCUGGACUGGAGCACCCUCACACUGUGGGCACGUGACGUCGCUCCCACGGAAUCAUUCAACCUCUAUGGAGCUCACCCCUUCUACCUGCUGAUGGAGGAGGGCGGAGAUGCUCAUGGCGUUUUCCUUCUCAACAGCAACGCGAUGGAGGUGGCCCUGCAGCCCGCUCCGGGCCUGACCUGGAGGACCAUUGGGGGGGUGCUGGACUUUUACAUCUUCCUGGGGCCCGAUCCCAACAUGGUCAUCCAGCAGUACCAGCAGGUGAUAGGUUUCCCGGCCAUGCCACCCCUCUGGGCGCUUGGCUUCCACCUCUGCCGCUGGGGCUACGGAUCCAGCAAUGAGACCUGGCAGACUGUGAGAGCCAUGAGGAACUACCAGAUCCCCCAGGAUGCACAGUGGAACGACAUUGAUUACAUGGACGGGUACCGGGACUUCACCUUCGAUCCCUGGAAGUUCACCUCCCUCCCCUCGCUGGUGGAAGACCUCCACAAACACGGGCAGCGCUACGUUAUGAUCUUGGAUCCUGGAAUCAGCAGCACCAACCCUCAUGGUUCCUACUGGCCUUUCGAUGAAGGCUUGAAACGGGGCUUGUUCCUAAACACCACCCAAGGGCAGCCACUCAUCGGGCAGGUCUGGCCUGGCUUCACUGCCUUUGCAGACUUCUCCAACCCGGACACGCACCAGUGGUGGCUGGAGAACCUGCAGCACUUCCAUGCCCAUGUGCCCUUUGACGGCCUCUGGAUCGACAUGAAUGAGCCAUCCAACUUCAUGGAUGGAUCUGAAGAUGGCUGCCCCCCAGGAGAGCUCGACAGCCCACCAUACACCCCAGCCGUGCUGGGCGAUUCCCUUUCUGCAAAGACGGUGUGUGCCUCAGCGAAGCAGAAAGCCUCAGUGCACUACAACCUCCACAACGUCUACGGGCUGAUGGAAGCCAAAGCCACGGCGAGCGCAUUGAUCCAGAUCCGGGGGAAGCGCCCCUUUGUCAUCUCCCGCUCCACCUUCCCCAGCCAGGGCCGGUACUCGGGGCACUGGCUGGGUGACAACCGAAGCCAGUGGAAGGACAUGUAUUACUCCAUCCCAGGGCUGCUGAGCUUCAGCCUCUUCGGCAUCCCGCUGGUUGGGGCGGACAUCUGCGGCUUCUCCGGCAGCACCUCAGAGGAGCUGUGCACCCGCUGGAUGCAGCUCGGCGCCUUCUACCCCUUCGCCCGCAACCACAAUACCCAGAAUGAGAAGGCCCAGGACCCAACAGUGUUCAGCCCUGCGGCGAGGACGGCCAUGAAGGACGUGCUGCUGACCCGCUACUCCCUCCUGCCCUUCCUCUACACCCUGUUCCACCGUGCCCACCUGCAAGGGGACACUGUCGCUCGGCCCUUGUUCUUUGAGUUCCCUCAGGAUGUGGCCACCUUGGAGCUGGACAGGCAGUUCCUGUGGGGCCAGAGCCUGCUGGUGACACCGGUGCUGGAGCCUGGGGUGGACUCGGUCACAGGCUACGUCCCCCGUGGUGUGUGGUACGACUUCUAUACGGGCUCUUUGGUGAACAGCAGCGGGGAGAUGCUGAAGAUGUCGGCCCCCCUUGAGCACCUCAACCUGCAUAUCCGGGAGGGUGCCAUCCUGCCCACCCAGAAACCGGGGACCACCAGUGAGGUGACCCGAGGGAAUGCCCUGCGCCUCAUCGUGGCCUUGUCCUCGAGUGCCACCGCCUGGGGGGACCUCUUCUGGGACGACGGCGAGAGCCUAGACACCUUUGAGCGGGGCAGCUACUCCUACCUGGUGUUCAACGUCACACAGAACAUCUUUACCUCCACCAUCCUCCACACCAGCACCGAGGCCACCAAGGUCACCAUUGACACACUGAGCAUCUUUGGGGUACGGGAGCCACCCAGCAAGGUCCUCCUGAAUGGCCAGGAGAAGCCCUUCUCCUAUCUGGACAACCAGGUUCUCACCGUGAGCGACCUUGGCCUCAGCCUCAGCCAGGGCUUCUCCCUGCAGUGGCUGUGAGCUGGGGGGGCGAGACCACCCAUCUGGGAGAUGCCUGAUGCUCCAGCCCUUGGGGCCAGGAUGCCACCAUGGAGGCAGCAGUGGGGACUGUCACCUGCUGCC